UACUGGCGUGAGCAUAGUACCUCGACCGCAUAGAAUUUAAUAAUGAAUACCCUAACUUUGAUAAUAAAUUUUUUUGUCGCUACAUGGAUAAACAUCAUCACAGGUACACCUCUAGUUGUGACCAUUCGAAAUGGUACGCUUGAGGGUGCAAUUAUGCAAACCAGGAAGGGACGAGAUAUUGCGGCCUUUAAAAAUAUUCCCUACGCCCUUCCACCCGUAGGAAAUCUAAGAUUUGAGCCACCGCAACCAGCAGCAGCAUGGAGCGGAGUGAGAUCCGCCCGUGAAGACGUUCCCGUGUGUUUUCAGGGAAAAAAUGAAGUCUUCAACGUAGAUGGAAAUCAUAAAAUGACUGAAGACUGUCUUUACCUAAAUGUUUACAGUGUAAGAGAGAAUUUUCAGUCUAAAGAUGCAAGAAUGAAGCAUCCGGUGAUGGUUUGGAUUCACGGUGGUGGAUUUUAUUCUGGUACAAGUCACUCUAGUCUCUACAGCCCGAAAUUUCUUCUUGAUCAUGAUAUUGUCUUGGUUACGCUGAACUACAGAAUAGGGGCUCUUGGUUUUUUGAGUACAGCAGACAGUAGUGCAUAUGGUAACCAAGGUAUGAAAGAUCAAGUGCAAUCAUUGAGAUGGGUGCAAGAGAAUAUUGCAGCCUUCGGGGGUGACCCAGAUAACGUAACAAUUUUUGGUGAAAGUGCUGGUGCAGUUAGCGUGCAUCAUCUCAUUAUGAGCCCCUCCACACGAGGACUAUUUCAUCGUGCUAUUUCUCAAAGUGGAACAAGUCUGAGCCCUUGGGCAAUGAAUACACAGAAAACUGCGAAGGAACGAGCUUACAAGCUCGCUACUGAAUUUGAUUGUGCAGACAAUGAUACCAUGAAAUUGGUACACUGUCUUCGAAAGCAAGAUGCUGAGAAGAUUAUAAAUGUUUCACAAAAAUGGUUGAUAGCUGAGUCUCUUAUUCAGCCGCACUUCAGACCGGUUGUGGAGCCACAUAAUACAGGGGCCUUUUUGAUAGAAGAUCCUAUUGAUACUUUGAGAGCUGGACGAGCUGCUGAUAUUCCUUGGCUCAAUGGGGUUAAUUCUAAUGAGGGAUCCCUAGCAGUUGCGCCUCUUUUUGGACUCACUCCGAAAGUUAUACCCUUUAUCGAUCAUCAAUUCUCCACAGUAAUUCCAUACCUAUUGCUCUUUCACGAGAGUUGUUCGCCGGAACAACAACAGAUCGUGGCAGCUAAACUACGUCAAUUCUACUUCGGUAAACAACCGAUCGAUGAGUUCACGAGAUUUAACUUGAUUGAUUUGGAUUCAGACGCUUACUUCAUAUACGCUCAGAGGGUAUCUAUCAGAGAGAGCCUCAAGCACAUUAAAAGCCCAAUCUAUUACUACUAUUUCCAAUACAAGAGUAGUUGGUCAUGGUCAAAAUUACUCGGUGAUGCUGACAGAGAUUACGGGGUUUGUCACGCUGAUGAUCUUCAAUAUUUUUUCCCAAUUCGUGAUGUCAAAGCUCCAAAACCAUAUUCCGACGAAGACAGCGCAAUGAUUGACAUUAUGACAACAAUGUGGUAUAACUUUGCAAGCACUGGAAAUCCGACACCUAAGGAUCAAAAAUUCCCGGCCCAUUGGAAUCCUGUGAAUUCCGAUUCGGUUGAACAACUAGUGAUCGAGAAUCCUUCGAGUAUAAGAAUGGUGCAAAAUUUACAUAAGGGUACUUUCCAUUUCUGGGAAAAUCUGCCAUGUCCCGCUGGACUGGCACCACAAAAUAGUUACGUGCAAGCGUAGUCAUUUAUUAAUUAAUAACAGUUCAUUAACAAAGUGGUAAUAGCUUUAUCACUUCGCUACUGAUGUCUAAUGUAGCCUGUCAAUGGUCAAUUAUUUUAUAACGCUUUCAAAGGAUCUCAUCUGAAGUACUUAUCAUGACGAUAAGGGUUCUUAGUACAAAGAUUACUUCAGAUCAAUGUUAAAAAAUAAUUAUGUAAAUAGUAAGUGAUAAAUUGUGUGAUAAUACAUCGAACAUUCCGCAGAAUAGUCAUGAGUUGACGCAGAUAUGUUGUGAAAAAAAUUAAACAAUCUAAUCGGUCUCCGUAAUUAUGUAUAUAAUAUAAAUGCCGUACUAAUAGUAUUGCACUGUACUUAAUGUGGUAAUUAAUACCUGAUAUUUAGAAUAACUGAAUAUGAUAGUUUUCGAUGUAUAUCACAAUGUGAAAUAAAUUGAAAAACAAAUAUAUCUGGAAAAUAAAAUG